UUAAAAGUUCGACAGUGCAGCGUUUCAUAGAUAACCCAGCAAAGGAUCUUGUCCGGCUGUCAGAAUCAAACUCACCCCUAAAACGCCGUCGUUUCAGCCAUAUUUUCCUUUGAGGCUUCCUUCCUUCCUUCUUAUUCACAUCCACUUCUUUAGCCCUGAGGAGCAAGAAGAACUCAGCUAAUCAAAUUGGUUUACUGUGAUGUUAUAUUGGACUUGAAAUUCUGCUGGAUGCUAAGACAACAUGCUAUUUCAUGCAGUAUUGGCUCGCUUAGUGGAUUUAUCUGCCAUUGAUGAGUUGGGUGGAUGCUAUAUGAAUAUUGAGUAACAAUUUUCUGAACAUGGAUAAAGUUACUUCUGACUGUCCAUACCCGGGAUGCUUCUUUUGUGUCAUGAAGGAAGGGAAUCCAAGCAAACGUAGAGCAAGCAUUCUGAAAUUUUUUAGGGAUCUCCCUGCGCAGGAUGAUGAUGGUCAGGUUCUUCCUAUCAGUGGCCUUUGGAACACUGCCAUGGCACAUCCAAAUGAUCCUGAGUUCAUUGAGUUGGGGAUAUUUGAAUGCAUGGCUGCACUAAUAUGGAAAGGUCUAAAGAAUCGUCGCUGGCUUUCGCAUGACCAGAAUAUAUACAUUCCUUACUAUGCAGCACAUAUCAUUGGAUCCUAUACCAUGAAUAUGGAAGAAUUUGCUGAAAAUGCUGUGCACGCAGGGGUUAUUCCUCCCUUGGUUGAGCUUCUGAGGGGAAGGUUAACUUGGGUUGAGCAGAGAGUAGCUGUUCGAGCUUUAGGACACUUGGCAACUUAUGGCAGCACUUUUUCUGCUGUAGCUAGUCAUGGUGAAAUUCUUGAACUUUCUAUUCAACUAGCAACGAGUUCACUGGAAAUAGUAUACUCACAUUUCUACCAAUAUGUUGAUAGAAGGUUAAGCUAUCAUUGUGAUUUGCUCACACGUGGCAUGGGCGGGGUUGAAAUGGAAUCCAGGAAGGCAGAGGAGUGGGCAAGCCAGUUGCAGUGCUGGUCUUUGCAGCUUAUCAAUUGUUUUGCUUUUAAACCGGAGUUUCUUCCUACCAUUUGCAAGCCUGAAUUUCUGAUAAAGCUACCUGGCAUGUGGGGUGGACUUGUUAAUGAGAAUUCACCAGCUGGUAUAGGUCUACUAAGAACAAUUUGUCAUCAUAAGCUGGGGAGAGGACCUGUUGCUAGCUGUCCGGGUAUGAUUGAAGCAUUAUGUAACAUUGCUCGGUCGUCGGAUGAUUGGCAAUACAUGGCUAUUGAUUGUCUUCUUUGGUUGCUUCAAGAUCCAAAUACAUGUCAUAAGGUGAUUGAUAAGGCAGUACCUGCACUUGUAGACCUUGCUGAAAUCACAACACUGGGUGAUCACAAGAAGCUUGGGGACUCCAUUGUUAAUGUUCUUCAGGAAUGUAUUCAGUCACCAGGGACAGGACGCAACUCGCUUUGCAGUCGCACUAAAGAAAUUAUUGAAGAACUAUUAAGUUCCAGACAGAGAUUGAAGUGGGAAAAGACUAUGCCCAAAGAGGAUCUCCAUAUUAAACAAGCGGCUGCACUAGUGGUGAAGCUUGAAGGAAAUUCAAUGUUCUCCUCGGGAAACAUAGCUGGAGCUGCAUCGAAGUAUUCAGAAGCACUGUCAUUGUGUCCAGUGAGAUCCAAAAAGGAGAGAGUUGUUCUUUACAGUAACCGUGCUCAGUGUUAUCUACUGCUACAACAACCCGUUGCUGCCAUAAGUGAUGCUACCCGUGCACUUUGUCUUCACAACCCACUUAACCGUCAUGCCAAAAGCCUUUGGAGAAGAGCUCAGGCUUAUGACAUGCUUGGUUUAGCAAAAGAGAGCUUGUUAGAUGCCAUUCUGUUUAUAAAUGAGUGUUCUCAAUCAAAUGAUCCUGAUCUGUCAUUGAGGCAAAAUAAGGUUCCUGACUAUGCUGAACGAUUAGUCAAGAAGCAAAUGCGUGCUGCUUGGUUGUUUAGAGAGGCAGCCAUCAAACAUGGUGGUGUUCACUGUGAGGGUGAUGCCGGUGAGAUUUAUGGCCAAGAAACUGAUGAUUCUGAAUGGGAGACAGCCAGUGAAAGUGAUAUAGGCAAUGAUGGAAGGGAUGAAAUGGGUGAUGACGACGACGACGAUGAUAGUGAAUGGAAGAAUGAGGGCGAGAGGAAAGAAAAAUAUGACAAACCAUCUGUGAAAGACCUAAAGCAUGGAUACAAUGUGCAGCUCGUUGAAGAUGAACAGUAGAACUCGGAGCUUGUAUUGAAGAUGCUGGCAACAACAGAAAGGGAAAGAUGAACGAGGAAAGGGAAAGAUGAACGAGGAAAGGGAAAGAUGAACGAGGAAAGCGUUCAUCAACAAGUACCCUCUCUGAGGUUCAAUGGUCAAAUAUCCUGUCAUAUAUUGAAGAAAAUGAAAGAUGUUUCAUUGCUGUGUUAAAUGCAAACUUAAUAUUAUUGUGAAUUACUUUUGAAACAUUGUUCCCAUUUUUUCUUCAUGUUAAAAAAAGUCCAAGUGUAGAAAAAAGGAAAAAAAAUUUGAAAUUUUUGAGUGUAGGAAGCAAUUUGUCAGUUUUUGAGUGAGUUGAGAGGCUUGAUGUGUAUAUGGAGAACGUCUAGAGAAUUAUUUGAAUUAAAACUAUAAUUUUGUCAA